CAACAGAAAGAGCCUAUCAGUGCCAGUCAGUGCCACCUAUCAAUGCCAGUCAGUGCCACCUAUCAGUGCUGCCAGUCAGUGCCGCCUAUCAGUGCACGUCAGUGCUGCCUAUCAGUGCCCGUCAGUGCUGCCUAUCAGUGCCACCAAACAGUGCAAGCCAGUGCCACCAAACAGUGCCAUCUAUCAGUGCUAUAUAUGAUUGCUGCCUUUCAGUGCCCAUCAGUGAUGCCUGUCAAUGCCCAUCAGUGCCACCUACUAUGUGUCACCUAUCAGUGUCCAUCACUGCAGCCUCAUUAGUGCACAUCAGUGAAGGAGAAAAAUCACUUAUUUACAAAAUUUUAUAACAGACUAAGAAAAAAACUUUUUUUUCUCAAAAUUUUCAGUUGUUUUUGGUUUGUUUAG